UGGCGCAGCACAAAUAAGCGAAGCAUGCUAUUAGGAUUGCGUGCCAGUUUUAUCUAAGAAAAUAUAAUUAAUCUUUACACUGGCUUCGUCAUUUUUUGCUUUUCUGAUCACAAUGUGAUCUUGAUUUUGAUAAACCCACUCUGUGAAAAAGAGUCUCUCAAAUAUUAAACCUACUUAUCAUCUUAACAUCUCUCAGCUGAGGCAGAUUGAUUCUAAUGGAUAGGAAAUUUGAUGUUGUCAACGUAUAUUUGUUCACCUUGGCGAAGAAGAGGCGUAACUUAGUAACGAUGUUUGAUAAGCCAAGCAUUUUACUUUGCGCAGUAGCUAUAUGUUUGAUAUUCGGCGAAACUGGCGUCGCGGCAUCAGACACGAAAGUAAAGAAAAUGAGAAAAGCAACAAAUGAAGUGACUUUGUGGAGGUCCUUCAACGUGUUUUCAGUUGCCAACAGCAUCGCUUAGUCUUGUGACACUGAGGAGACCGAAAUGGAGAGAAUGGAAAAUCCCUUUAAAAAUUUGCAUCCGAAAAUCUAUCAUAGGCAGAAAAAUGCAGCGUUCAAAAGAAGAAAUGUCAAUCUGAACAAAGAACUUGAAAUAGACCACAACGCCAGGCUCCCUUUGAGUUCAUCAAGACACAAUGACUUAACGUCAUCAGUCAAGAUGAACAGUCAGCCGGUAAUUGACCAGCAGAAUGUAGCAAAAAGAAGAGGAAGAAAAACUAGAAGAGAGGAAAACUCAGAAAGGACGCCCUGUUCGGAUGAUUAUAAUGAACUAGAGUACUUGAACCAAAGAAACACUUGUGUGUCGAGGAAGAUUUUUGAAGAGGAAAAUCUCGUCCUGCCCUGGCUCGACUCUCCGAACACUUCAAGAGGCAAUCCAAGGUCAAUGCAAGAGAACUUGAGGGGAAAACCUUUUGGUGAAAAUAACAAAGGACUUUUGCCACCAAUAGAGGUGGUACCGAGUUUUAUUUGUCUGACCAGUGGGAAUGACAAAAAACCUGAGAGAAAAGGAUGGCGUGAGGGAAUUAAAUAUGUCAUGGGUCCGAGGCUCACUGAGAAUGAAAAAUCUCUGUGGAAUAGGUGCUGUGAUCCUAGCGACCGUCUAGGAGAAGACAACGGGAACAAAAUUUCCGCAAAGGAAAGAAAUCGUGGAGACAGAGGCUUUCCGGAGUGUGACAAAAGAAGGACAUUAUGUAACUUGCACAGCGGCAUUACUCAGGCUUAUUGCUCCAAGACUGACGCGAAUAAUAACAUAAAACACCACGUGACUGCACAAAUGCUACCUUCUCGGACUAAUGGACACUAUGACACCGCUACGGAGGAAACGAGAAUGAGCUACAUGGUCUUAAAGGCGAGGAUUCAUCGGUCAACUUUCUUUUAAAAAAAUUACGGUUUUUCACUUGAAGAUGAAAAUGUUGAUGUGUACAAUAAAAUCUUGGUUAACAAUCAUAAAUCAAUGAAAUUCAUGUUAUUUGACAGAGUAUUUAUUUAUUACAAGUACGCUCGGUUUGAUUUUCCAGUUUCAAACCCCGACAAAAAAAAUACCUCAAGCUGUUAUCAUUAACUUAACGAAGUGAAAGGGUUAUUUCUUUUACUAUAUAACGAUACAAAGACUGCGUCCGUACUCUCUAGCCAUGUUUUGUAAAUGGUUAACAAUCUUACUAUUUGUACAUUAGCUAAACUAUUUUACUUAAUCGUGUACGACCUUAUUUCGAGCGGUACUUGCUGCCCUCUCGCUGAUAAACCUCAACCUUCUUGCUAGCAAUUAUGAACUUGUUUAAGUUCUCACUGAA